AUGGAGAGGGAGGUUCUGGAUCUGAGAAUCAAGAGAUGUUUGGAUGCGGUGAAGAUCUUGACCUUCACUUUCUUCAAAGAAGAUCUCGCUCUCAGGCACUCAACUCGCUCAUCAAACUCAGCGACUCGAUCCAGAAAGACUUAUGGAAAUCGGUCUUUAUAUAUAUAUAUAUCCGUCCCACAAGGCCUUCGUAAUCAAGAAGAAGCUGACGAAGAAGAUGAGGCAAAACAGACCCAUCCCUCACUAGAUCCGUUUGAGGACCGACAACAUCAUCAGCUUAAAAUGGUUGUGGCUAUGGCUUCUUGCAGUCUUGGGGUUAACUUGAAUAGUAACUGUAGUUUUGAAAAAACCCCUUGCAAUUCCAUUACAAACUGGGGCUAUAGUAGAAGGGUCCUUGGGUUUGGUUCUAAAAGCUUCUGCAUUGUUCAGAAGAAGGGAAGAAAAUGA